AUGGAGGGCCAGGCGGAGGCGGAGGGAGGCGGAGAGGCGAACAUGGCAAUAAGGCGUCGUUUGCUCUGCAUAGCGGCGGCGUCGGCGUGUGCUGGUGCUGGUGCUGGUGCUGCUGAGCGACCCGUGACUUUGGUAUUGCCGCAAGCCGCAAUUGAACUCAUCCAUGUCUAUGUCUACGCCCACGCCCUCUUGUCGCCACCCCACCGCCUACCGCCAGAAAUUGGAUUCAACGCGAUGCCUGCGUGGGUGCGUAAUGCGUUGUGGUUGCUGUUUGGCCUGGUCUACUACUACCUCGCGGCCCCGCGUCACGGGAUCGGGAUCGGGAUCAGCCAGAGCAGGGAAGACGGCUACGCCCAUGCCGAGGGGAGAACGAAUGUCACCGAGACACUGCUGCACGCCCUGCACCACGACCGCUUUCCACCGCCACCGCCACCGCCCUCGACCGUCUCCGCCAGCGCCAGCGCCAGCGCCCAUGUGUCCGCCACUGCCGGCCAUCUCGAGCGCAUCCUGUGGCCCCUCGCCUCGCACCACACCCACUGGCUCAAAGACCUGCCCAUCCGCGCGCCGCUCCCCGAGUACGACUGGGAAACCAGCGUGCUCGCCGCCCGCGUCGCCCACUACGAUGAAGACAACAUCCAGCCACCGCGCCAGGCAUUGCUGAACCACGCGCGCACUCUGCUGCAGCGACAGCGCUACCGCCAACGCAACACACGUCAAGACCAGCACACAUUAUACUCUCCUACGGCACAAUGGCACGCGCGUUGGCAGCGCUGUACCCACACCCAUGACGCUCUCAUCGACCUGCCUCGCUGUCUCUCCGAUGCGCUAUGGUAUAGCGUCCCUCCACUGCUUCCCGCCUGGCUGCCACCUCUCGCGAGCGCCGCCUCUGAGCUCCAAUACGUCGAUCAAAUGCUGUCUGAAGGCCUCGACCUCGCGACCUCUGUAUGCCACGACCUGGGUGUCCUUCUCAAUCGCACCCAAGACCUGGACUCCCAAGUUCUCGAGCACCGUCGUCACGCCGUGGCUCGUCUGGACGCCUUUGCAGCGCGUGGGCAAGACAACACCAAGAGUCUACGCCGUCUUAUUACCGCAUAUGCGAGCCAUCUCCUCACCCAUCUCUCCCUCUCCAGCGUUUCUGCCGCUCUUUCCGCCUCGAUCGAACUCUGUCACGACCAGGUCGCCUACCAUCAGCGUCUCCGCGACUGGCUGGAACAGCGGGCCUUACUUACUCAGGACGCCUUCACCGACCCCGAGUUCCUGUCUGCUCAAAUCGAAGCCUAUAUCGACGACUUCGCCGAACCGUUUGCCCGCAGCCUGCAUUCUGCCGGCACUCUCGGUGCCCAUCGUUGGGCAUGUGCAUGGGGCUUUGAGCAUCUGCAUCGAGCGACUCCUCUUCCGACCGACAGCGACACCCGCUGGGACAAUUCCACCGCCCUUCUCUAUCGUGCACUCCAUCUUGAAGGCCUGAGUUGGAUCUUGGUUACGGAUCGGCCGGAGCCAUGGCAGCUCCACUUCGACGAAGACUUUGCAGAAAGAUUCGUCCGGGAAGAUUGGGGUUCGAUCUUUGGCAAGCGUCGGAACGCAUGCUUGGCCAUUCUCAAUAUGAAAGGGCGCGGCGCGGCGUCGCCGGAAUCGCGGGGUGAUCUCUUCCGUGCACGAAGGCAGCAGUAA